CUUGGACUCUUGUGCAAAAGUCCACGUUCCACACAACUCCAAAAGACUUCUGUUCCUUUUCAUUUUUCUUCACAACACAGUACUUUCUACUUAUUAGCUCUGUAACGUUUAGACAAUUUUUAGGAUUCUACUUUUCUUGAGCAUAAAGAGUUCAAUUUUCAGUUCUCUUCUGCUGAAAACUCUAAAAUUAUGGGUGUAGAAUACAGCUGGAAGAGUGGACAGAUUCCGGCAUUUGGUGACUGGGACAAGGCGAAUGAGCUUCCAAUUACUCAGUAUUUCGAGUGUGCAAGGCAGGCGGGGCUGAGGCGGUGCAGCUGUUCGGCGGAAUGCAUUUCGUAUGGUGGUUCUUGGGGCUGCGCCGCCACUGAUCUUUACUCUGCUGAGUAUGAGAAACCUCCGUUUCGGGCUGUUUAUGGUGUUCCUCCACGAAAGACAAGGGGAAAUACCAAGCGCUAUGCAGAUAUCAUGGAAAAGAGAAAGCAAGUUAAGGCGCGGGAGGCAAUCGAGCAGCAGAGAAGUCGGCCUUUGUCUCAGAAGCAUAUUAUGAAGUCUGCAGAAUUUAUCCCUCGACAAUCCAUUACUUCUGCAAAACCAGUUGACGAAGAUCUUUACAAAAUUCCUCCCGAUCUUCUUCACAAGACCAAGCGCAAGAAAAAGUUGGGAUUCUUUUCCCGGUGCAUUGUUCCCCCUUGUGCAACAUGAUUUCGAAUGCAAGAAAUCAUAUUGAAUGGAUGUUCAUUUUUGUAUAUUCGCAAAUCUUGUGGAUGCAUUCAGUAUGACUAUCAGGAUAGUGAUUUUGAUCAGGUAACAUGAACUUCUAAUGGCAUCUCUGUUUAUUGAUACGACGACUGAAUUGAAUUUAUCAUGAUAUCAAUGCAGUUAAUUUAGGUAGAAUAGUCUUAUAUUUCCAUC